GGCCGCCGCGGUCCCCGCGCGGAGCCGCCGCUGACAUCACGCGGCCUGAGGCGGCGGCGCCCCCGGCCCACCCGCAGCCCCCGUCGCAGAGGCGCCGCGGCGGGGCCCGGCGGAGGAUGGUGCGCGGCGUGCCGGGGGCUCCCCGCCGCCAGGGCCGCAGCGCCGACGCCGAGGCCGAGGCCGAGCCGGCCGCCCCGGGCAGCCGACCCCCGCUCCGGGCGCGGGGCGAGCGGCCACGCUGAGACGCCCAGGCGGCGCGGGAGCAGCGGCCAUGGGCGCCCUGACCAGCCGGCAGCACGCGGGCGUGGAGGAGGUGGACAUCCCGUCCAAUUCCGUGUACCGCUACCCGCCGAAGUCCGGAAGCUAUUUUGCCAGCCACUUCAUCAUGGGAGGAGAGAAGUUUGACUCAACUCACCCCGAAGGCUACCUGUUUGGAGAGAACAGCGACCUGAACUUCCUGGGGACCAGACCAGUAGCGUUUCCGUAUGCUGCCCCCCCGCCCCAAGAGCCGGUGAAGACUUUGAGAAGCCUGAUCAACAUUCGGAAGGACACACUGAGACUCGUCAAAUGUGCUGAGGAAGUGAAGACCCCAGGGGAAGAGGCCAGCAAAGCUAAAGUCCACUACAACGUGGAGUUCACCUUUGACACUGACGCCCGCGUGGCCAUCACCAUCUACUACCAGGCCACCGAGGAGUUCCAGAACGGCGUUGCCAGCUACAUCCCCAAAGACAACAGCCUGCAGUCGGAGACGGUGCACUACAAGCGAGGGGUGUGCCAGCAGUUCUGCCUGCCCUCCCACACCGUGGACCCGUCCGAGUGGGCUGAAGAGGAGCUUGGCUUCGAUCUGGACCGAGAGGUCUACCCUUUAGUGGUCCACGCUGUGGUGGACGAAGGAGACGAGUACUUUGGCCAUUGCCACGUGCUGCUGGGCACUUUUGAAAAGCACACAGAUGGGACCUUCUGCGUCAAGCCCCUCAAACAGAAACAAGUAUCAGAGUUUGCUGGCCACCCGCCCCCUCCGGAGCGAUCGGCAAGUCCCACACACGUCUGCCAGGACUCCUACCCCCGCUGGUGCCGCGCUGCCCGCUGCUGCUGCAGAAGGAGGAGGAGCGUCACGGAGGGCGAGGUGGAUGGGGUCAGCUACCUCCUUCAGGAGAUCUAUGGGAUUGAAAACAAGUACAACACGCAAGAUUCCAAGGUGGCUGAGGAUGAAGUGAGCGACAACAGCGCUGAGUGUGUGGUGUGCCUCUCGGACGUCCGGGACACCCUGAUCCUGCCCUGCCGCCACCUCUGCCUGUGCAACGCCUGCGCGGACACCCUGCGCUACCAGGCCAACAACUGCCCCAUCUGCCGCCUGCCCUUCCGGGCUCUGCUUCAGAUCCGAGCCAUGAGGAAAAAACUGGGUCCCUUGUCCCCAACCAGCUUUAACCCCAUCAUCUCCUCCCAGACAUCUGACUCCGAAGAGCACUCGUCCUCCGAGAACAUCCCGCCCGGCUAUGAAGUGGUGUCCCUUCUGGAGGCCCUCAACGGGCCGCUCACGCCCUCCCCGGCGGUCCCUCCGCUCCGCGUGCUUGGCGACGGCCACCUCUCGGGGAUGCUGCCUGCCUACGGCAGCGAAGGCCACCUGCCCCCGGUCAGGACGCUCUCCCCCCUCGACCGCCUGUCCGACUGCAGCAGCCAAGGACUGAAGCUGAAAAGGAGUCUCUCCAAGUCCGUCUCCCAGAACUCCUCCGCGCUGCGGGAGGAGGACGACGAGCAGUCCUGCAGCGCCUCGGAGACGCGCCUGUCUCAGGGGCCUUCGGCCCCGCAGCUGGAAGAGGAAUGUGGUGUCACCCCAGACAGCGAGAACCUGACCCUGUCGUCAUCGGGAGGCAUCGACCAGUCGUCCUGCACAGGGACGCCUCUCUCUUCCACCAUUUCCUCCCCAGAAGACCCCGCCAGCAGCAGCCUGGCCCAGUCGGUCAUGUCCAUGGUGUCCUCCCAGAGCCGGCACUCCCAGAUCAGCACCGACACCGUCUCCUCCAUGUCUGGCUCCUACAUUGCCCCCGGCACCGGCACUGGCACGGAAGACGAGGGAGAGGCUUUCCCUUCCCCGCUGGCCGCCAGCAGGGCCGCCUCAGAGGAAGGAGAGGUGAUGCCAGCGGCGUCUCCAGACAGCAACUUUGUUGGCCUCGCUGAAGAGCAGGAUGCAGAGGGCAACGAUGUUAUGGAGGAAGACGCUGGAUCACCCACACAGGAAGAUGGCCAGAGGACAUGCGCAUUUCUAGGUAUGGAGUGUGACAAUAACAAUGACUUUGACAUCGCAAGCGUGAAAGCACUGGACAAUAAGCUGUGCUCUGAGGUCUGCUUACCCGGCACCUGGCAGCCCGAUGACAACGUUGCCAAUUGUCGGAACACGCAGCGCCGGCGCCUGUCGUCCAGCAGCCUGGAGGACGCGGAGAACAGGCCCUGCGUCUGGGGUCCCCUGGCCGUCUGAGAGCCCCGGCCCCGCCCAGAGCUCCCUCCUGUGCCCACGGUCCAUCCUGGCCUCCCUGGACCGAUGGCCUCCGGGGCCACCUCAGCAGGACACACGGAGACUUUUACACCCACGUGGAAGCUAGACAUUGAGAUCAGCCCACUCCUUCCCCCAGCCUCGUCUCCUUCCGCAACCACGAUCCCUCCCCCCUCAGAACGGACCGGAAGGCUCCUUUCUCCUCGCGGCCGAAACCACUUGAUGAGCUGCAGCUCGGGGGGUCCUUCGCAGAGACUCGGGAACGGCCCCACUGUAUCGUGAUCUUCAGGUGGAGCCAAGGUCCACAGGCCGGUGGUUUCCUGAGCAUCUUGUUCCUCCUUGGGUGUCGACCAAGAGGCUUGGAGUCUUCGUGGCUCGUAACAGACACCGUCUGGCAUUUUCUGGUUUCUGGGACAUCAUGACCAAUUUGAACCCUCCUACUUUGGGGGGGGGGGGGUUGGGGGUGACUCCCGGGAGAGGGGAAAGCCACAUUGCACCCUCCUCAGUGGAGCUGCUCUCAAGGACAGGAGAGAUGGUAGCAACCAAAAGGACAAAUGGAACAACGGCCCUUGCUCCUGGCAGGCAAACUUGUCUCCCAGGCCUCAUGCGUCCACCUGCUUAGGGAGAGGGCCUUGAAUUGCAGACUCCCCCCGCUUAAAUGAUCACCCUCAGGAGGGUUUCUUAGGAUCAGGUGCAUUCGUGAAGGCCUGGGACUCCACCCGAUGGUACCAUUUCAGAAGCCACACAUUUGACCACCUCCGUGUGCCGGGCGCGUGUGAGGAGCUGUUCCAUCGCCGUGGCCCCGGCAGGUGGCAUUCUUAUCCCUGACUUCCCCAUCUCUGCCCUCGUUGUUCAUAGUGGGAGAAAUAGGACGAGACGGGGGUGGGGGCGGGGCAGUGAUCCUCCCCUGGUACCCCGGAGCCCCCAAGGAAGUGGUGGAGAGCACUGAGCUGUGGCCAGCAGGGAGCUGGGAGCCUCCCACCCCGCAUGGCCCCCCCCCACCUCCCCAUGCUCCUGAGCCUCAUAGGAGAAGGGGAGGUAUUGCCUCCAUAGGCUCAUUGAAGAUUAAAAGGUAUUGUUCCCAUCACGUGCCCCCCCAACCCAGCCUAAGGCACCCAGGCAGAAGACUGACGCAGCGAGGCCGCACUAGCCCACAUGCUGUUGGGUGUUUCUCUUCUCUGAGCCCCAGCACCGUGGGUUCCACACAGCCCUCAGGUGGAUGCUCUGUUGGCUGGCUUUCGGAAGAGGUGGCUAUUCAGUGGAGCACGGGAUCGGAAAGCAGAGUGGGGUCUGAGGCUGAGAUGUGGAGCCUUAGGCUGUCCCCAUCCUGAUGGCUUAGUAUUUGGAAUCGUCACUUGAGAAGAGCUUCUCAGAGCCCUUCCCAAGGCUUCAAAGAGAGCCAGCGCCCCCCAGGGGAUCCUUGGCACCUUCUACAUGGCUUCCUUGCACCGCCAGGCGGGGUUGGGGGGCCCUCAUACCGCCUAGUAGUUGUGGCUCACGUUCUGCCCUGGUCCAAGGGGAGGCCAGUUGUCCCGACAGAUGACAGAUGCGACAUUACCGGAGCCAGACUCCAGGCUUCUGUCUUCAGUUGCCCUCUCUGAGCUCCUGCAGUGGCCUCUGCCCUUCAGGCCCUGCUUCCUGUCCUCCCUCCCCCUGGUGGUCUUUAGCCCCUUUCACAUUUAAAACCUGAGCAAUAACCCCGCUUCCUGAUUUCCUUGAAGUUUAAGCUCCAGAAACAGCAGGGGAGGGGAGCUUCCCUUAGCCUGGGGUAGUGGGACACACACCCACCUCCUCUCCAGGCAGGUAGUGUUCGCGGUGUGGUGUUACCUGAGAUGAAGGAGAUGCAGGUAAACAGGAGCCCCAGUGGCCAGGAACCCCAAGAGGAAGCCAUUAUCUUCACCCUUUCUGGGGGGUCUGUGUCCUCUCCCAGGAAGAUUCUUCUAGGCCUUGGUUCCAUAACCAAGACAUCUACGUUACAGAAUGGCCCUUCAGUCUUUGUUUUUCAGACAUUUCCUAUCCUGUUCCCCACCCUGGCUUCUUUGUUCUCAUUUAGAUCUUUGGCAAACAGAAAAGUCCCAUCCAAAGAGGCUGGUCCUCAAUCAGCCUGAUCAGGGAACAGGGCAGCUGCCAACCCUGCUGUCCCAUCCGUCAGCUGGACACCAUCACGUUGUAAGCAGCGGACCCCGGGAGAAUGGAUGGGGCCCGGCUUCCCACAUGGGAGCAGGGCACGGACUCACUGGAGGCCGGCAGCUCCUUCCUGCCCCACUCAGGUCUGCGGCCUCCCGUGGCCGCCAGGUGGGGUGGGGCUCCCGGGCUGCCCGCAGAGCUGAUGUUCCUUCUCCUGCCCAGCUCCAUCCCAGAGUGUAUGCCCACGCGGGAGCAUCUCCAGGGCACGGACCCGUACACUUUAAGCCACCUCACCUGGAGAGAGCGAGUGUCCUGUCCACCUGACCGUGGCACGCUUGUUGUUCGCUUUGCUUUAGGAUCUGCACACCUGGCGUGUGCAAGUGUGUCUGUGCACUGUUGUGCCACUGUGUGCCCCUCUCCCUCCCUGGAGUUCCACUCGGGGGGCACGCUACAGUGGGGACAUCAAGGAUGCAAUAUUUAUGGAUUGCUGCAUGACUCCUAAAACUGAAUAAAACUGUUUACAAG